AUGUUUACUGCAUCGCCACCAUCAUUAUCAGCAUCAGCGGCGGCAACAGCAACAGUAGAGCGAUCAGAUUCCAAAUGCAGAACAGCUACCGCCACCACCACUACUAGCAUUGGCACUAGAAACUUAUACUCUCCAACACCCGGAGUGUCAAAUUCCUACUCCUCUCACUACGCCUACUCCGCUACCUCUUCGUCUGUCCCAAACUUUUGGUGUGAUGCGCCUUCAAGCGCCUACGAGCAGCCGCCAUCAAACGCGGUACUUUCCUACACCGAUGAACAGAUCUCCUGCAUCUGCGAUAUCCUCCAGCAAUCUGGUGAUUAUGUACGCAUGAAACACUUCGUGGAAAGUAUUGGCGACUCAGCCGGAAAUAACGAAAGUUUACUGUGCGCAAAAGCUACGCUAGCCUUUAACGAGGGACGAUUUGCGGAUUUGUACGGCAUCUUGGAAAGCCAUGCAUUCUCCCCGACUUGGCAUCAGCGUCUGCAGAACCUAUGGAUGCAGGCGCAUUAUAUGGAGGAGGAGCGAAUUAAGGGCAGACCGUUAGGAGCAGUAGCAAAGUAUCGAGUUAGACGCAAGUUCCCACUUCCCCGAACAAUAUGGGACGGCGAGGAGACAAGUUACUGCUUUAAGGAGAAGUCAAGAGCUAUUCUACGUGACUGGUACACCCAUCGCAAUGCUUAUCCCUCACCUAAGGAGAAAAGGGAGCUCUCCGAGCUCACUGGACUAACCACCACUCAGGUUUCCAAUUGGUUCAAGAAUCGGCGGCAGCGUGACAGAGCUGCUGAGACACGAACCAACGGGAAUGGAUUCAGCCCUGCAGCGAUUCAAACAGGCGAGGAACGGGAAAGCGUCGAGGACUGCAGUGAGUGCCUGAAAGAGCCGCCAGAUGAAGGUACCGCCCAGAACUACUACCACACCACAUCACCUCUCCAGCAACCCAGCAACCAACCUACAUCACCGUGGCAACACUCCAAAAUCCUAGGAGCCAACUACUGGCCUCCCGCCCCACCUCCACCGGUUGUGGACAUGUUAUUCCGUCCAACACUUCGACCGAGUCACCACCAGCAGCAAUUGCAACAACAAACCCUGCUUCCACCGCCACCGUCUCAACCGCCGGCAGCGCCACAAAGUUCCUCGGCAUGGAGUUAUGAGGAGACGUAUCAGUACAAUCCCACUCCCUACCAGCCCGAAUUUUAUCCCGAUCCUAGUGUCUACGUUCAGCAAAUAGGAGUGGGCAGUGGCAGUAGCCAGUGGGAUUCAGAGGGCUGCAAUAUGCGAACGGAGGAUGUUGUUGUGUCCGGACGCUUCCAGCUACAGUUGGAAGUGCAAGCUCGAAUCCGGAGGGGUGAAACGAAUGCUACGGGAAUGGCAACAACAACACCGUCAUCAAUAGCAGGGGAGAGGUACCUGCCCAACGUACCCACCUAUGCAAUAACCCAUGCCCGAAGACCGCAUCCAACGGUUCUUCCACCCUACAUGGAAUCCCAAUAUCGACAAGAGGAUGGACAGUUUGUAGGAAAUUAG